GAGGUGUUCACAGAGAUGGAAGAAAAGUACGGCGAAGUGGAGGAAAUGAACGUAUGUGACAACCUCGGUGACCACCUAGUUGGAAACGUGUAUGUGAAGUUUCGUAAAGAGGAGGACGCUGAGAAGGCUGUGAUAGACCUAAACAAUCGGUGGUUUAAUGGACAGCCCAUCCAUGCUGAGCUGUCUCCUGUCACAGACUUUAGAGAAGCCUGCUGUCGCCAGUAUGAGAUCGGGGAAUGCACUCGUGGUGGUUUCUGUAACUUCAUGCAUCUGAAACCCAUCUCACGUGAGCUGAGGAGAGAGCUCUACGGCCGUCGAAGGAAGAGCCGCAUCAGGUCUCGGUCUCGGUCAAGAGACAGGCGGUCUCGCUCGAGGGACAGGGACAGAGACAGGGACAGGGGUCGAGGAGGCGGCCGUGACCAUGAGAGACGUCGCUCCAGAGACAGAGAACGUUCGGGGCGAUUCUGAACUUCGAGCAGUGACUACUUGCCCUCCCUGUGUUCAUCCCUGUCUUUUUUUAAGUUUGUACCCUUGCAGAUCUGUUUUGGGACUAACUGAAAGGUAGCUGUUUCGAAGAUGUGAAUCCACUGAGGAGUUUGGUUUUUCUUGAUUUCUGAAAAUGACUUUCACUUCAUUAAAUUUAAAUUUGUACCAAA